AUGUCUGUCCCCAUCCUUGCUUUUUCUGUCUCGUCUGAUGCUGGACAAUCUGCCCCGCCAUCCUCGUCUUCCUCCCAUCCGCCCUUGCCCUCCCCCUCCAUCCCCCCUCUGGUCCGCCAUGACACCGUCCAUAUUUCCCAUACCCCUCUCUCUGAGCCCCCGUCAUAUCUGUCGCCGGCAGUGCGCGCCCUGAAACAAGACCCAGCUGGACUGACACCUCCCAGCAACGCUCGGACCCGAGCCCCCUUCAAGCCGCGGUCGGCGGCCAAGGGCACCACUAGUUACCAACUGCGACAGUUCGCGGAGGCGACCCUAGGAAGUGGCAGCUUGCGAAAGGCCGUGAAGCUCCCUGAGGGCGAGGAUUUGAACGAAUGGCUGGCAGUAAAUGUGGUCGACUUUUACAACCAAAUAAACUUGCUCUAUGGCGCGAUCACCGAGUUCUGUUCUCCGCAGUCAUGUCCGGAAAUGAAAGCGACCGAUGAGUUCGAAUAUCUCUGGCAAGAUUCGGAAAACUUCAAGCGACCGACGAAGAUGUCAGCUCCGGAAUACAUCGAGCAUUUGAUGAGCUGGGUACAGAGCAGUGUCGACAACGAACAGAUUUUCCCCAGCCGGCUUGGCGUUCCCUUCCCUAAGGUGUUCCCCAGCCUUGUGCGACAGAUUUUCAAGCGGAUGUAUCGCGUAUAUGCGCACAUUUACUGCCACCACUACCCGGUUGUGGUCCACCUCGGACUGGAGCCCCAUCUCAACACUAGCUUCAAGCACUACGUGUUGUUCAUCGACGAGCACCGACUGGCGAGCGGGAAGGACUUCUGGGGCCCAUUGGGAGAUCUAGUGGAUAGCAUGCUGCGCAGCGAUUGA